CCGCACCCCCGUAGACCAUAGCACAGCCCCCACGCCCCCGCACCUCCUCGCCCCGGCGCCGCCAGCCUCCUCGCGUGUCACCCUCGGCACCUCCGCCCUCCUUGCAGCGCUGACCCUAAGCAUGUGGAGGCGGUGCAGCUGCACAGGGCCCCCAAUCGUUAAGGGCCCCGACUCAGGAGUGGACCAUCUUGAUGUGUAUUCUGAAUUUAGACCGGUGACUGGAGAUGGGGACUGUUUCUACAGGAGCUUCAUAUUUUCCUACCUUGAGCAAGUUCUUGAUAGACAGGACACACUUGAGGAACACCGUCUCCUUGAUGCUGUUAAAAGAGUGUCUUUGCAACAUGCAGAUCUUAGAUGGACCUCUGAAUUUCCCAGGAGCUACAGAGCAUUUAAGAAGCUUAUUAAGAAGGUAAAGAGAUGGAAGAGGCAUGGCAGGUGGAAGUGGAAUAUCAUAGCAUCAACUAGCAGGCGGCAAUGACAAGAGCAUAUUGUGUGGAGGAAGAGAUGAGAAGAAUCUUGUGCUUCUCAUCCAAUCUUUGUGGAACUCUCUUUAUGUGCGAUUGUGCACUUGUUGGGUCCUUUUUCUCUGCACUUGUUAGGUGUUGAACCUUAAUGCGUGGAGUCGAUGGAUGAUGUAUUAUAUUUGAUGUGAUAUGCUAUUGAAAUGAAAUAUACAUUUUAUUUGCAA